AUGUCACUUGCUCGCAUCAGCACUCUUGGCUUUCUGCUCGCCCUUGGUUUGACGUGUGCGCUGGCCGCACCGCUCCAAGUAACACUCUCCAGUAAUCCGACAACAUGCCAAUCCACCAAGAUCACCUGGGACACAUCGACAGGCACGGCACCCUGGACGGUCACCGUUGCACCCCUCGGCCACGUUCCUGUCUCCGUAUCGUUUCCAUCCAAUUACAUGCAGGGAAGAUCAUGGAGCUGGGACUGGAACGUUCCGGGUUACACCACCGCCGUGUCUUCCGUCAUUGUUGCGGUCUCCGAUAGCACCGGCACUGUGUCAGGUACAUCCGCCUUGUCUCGGCUCACCAAAGCAGGCUCGUGUUCCGCACCACCAGAGCAUCUCGACUUUGUUUGGUAUCCUCCGUCUUCAAGUCCGAGGCAGUGCGACGACUGGCUUCUCACCGUACAAGAGGACCGUGGCAAUCUCGGUCUCAAGAUGCCAGUGGAUCUUCUCAUCCUCCCAGAGAAUGGCUCGCCCACUCGACUGCGUAUCAGCGACGCCAGAAGGAGCAGUGUCGACUGGACAGUCAACUAUCCUCGUGGAACCACCUUUGCCAUCGCCUCCUUUGAUGCUGGGACAUCCGGCACAGGCGGAGUCGGUGGGCAGUCGUACACCGUCGGCCAUGGCAGGUCGCGCUCGUGCAUAGGCACAAACCAGCGCGAGGCGAUAGCAGGCCUUCCAGCCGCCUCGAGUACAGCCGCUACCUCGUCACCAGCCUCUUCGACAUCCGCACCAUCUCGCAUGGCCACCUCGCGCGCCGCUACAUCUGCCACACGCACCAGCGCAAAAGCGACGCCGACAUCCACUGCUGCAGUCAAAGUGAACGCCACCGAAGAAAACUCGGGUCCCUCGGCUGGCGUAAUCGGUGGAAUCGUUGGUGGCGUUCUGGCAGCUUUGGCCGUUGUUGGCCUUAUCAUCUUCUUCUACAGGCGACAGCGCAACAAUAAUGGUCCGGACGAGUAUGGCGUUUACAAGAAUACCGAGAAGCGUUCCUUCUUUGGCGGAUUUGGAUCGGCCCGUUCCGCCAACCGCGGUGGCUUCACUGGUCAGGCUUCGAGUGGCCGCUUUGGCGCUUCCACAGACCAACAGGGUGUUAUUUCGCCCUUUGUCGCCGGCCGCGCUUCACCGUGGAGAUGGUCUUCGCGCCCUGUCGGACUUUCCGACAACCAAGAUAUGGCACAGCUUCACGACGACCGCAGAGCCAUCGCAAACCGUGUCAACGAUGCGCCCCGAUCCAUCGGCCAUUCCAGCUCGAUCAGCCUGCACAGGAGCCGAGACUCGAUCGGAGCUACGGGAGGCGUCGGUCUCAACGUGGCGCCUAGUGUGCACUCGGUGGUGCCGGAUGAUGCGCUCUUCCCACCGCCUGCGCCUGUCAACCGAAACAUGAUGCCGGGCCCCAGCGCGUCGAUGGGCAGCUUUGGAGCGGGCAUCGGUGCUGGUGUUGGCACCGUCGGCACCAAGCGGCAUUGGAAGCGUGAGCGAUCUGACUCGGGUGGUUCGUACCAGCAUCAGCGAGAUCCUUUCCGCAACCCUGCCAAUCACAUCACGCUGUCACAGGAGGAUGACGCACUUGGGCGCAUGCAGCCGUACGUGCACCAACAGCAAGAACAGCAACCACGACAGCAUCCAGCCUCACGCGACUCGAUGGCGGCUAUUGCCGGUCUACCGCUCUCGCCUUCUUCGCACUACUCAGGAGCUACGCGCUCACGCGACCUAAGCGGCGUCUCGAACAAGCACGACAUGAACGACGAGCAUCUGUCCACAAUGCGUAUUCCACCACCAGCGCCUGUUUCGACAUCCUUGUUCGACCCCUACUCGCACGCGUCGCGUCUCUACUCUGACCAGGAAAUCACCCACCUCAACGCCGCGUUUGGCUCGAUCGCCAACGAACGAGCCAACACUGCAACUCCCACUUCGUUGCACUCCAACUCCAGCGCGCCUCGGUACGCCGAUCCAAAAGAGUCUGCCGCCCGCUUCAGAACUCUCGACAACCAACUGCUCACCGAGCGCAACAAGGUCGUUUCCGCCGUCUUUGCUCAGGAUGACCCAUCCGACGACGACGACUGCCUGCCCUACAUGUCAUAA